UUAUGUGACUAGGACCAAAAAGGUGCAAUUUUUGACUCAGGUGGUAGAGACGUCUUUACCACCGUGAUCAAAAACUGCACCUUUUUGAUUCGAGUAACAUAUACAAUGGUGGAAUAUCACUGAAAAGUCAAAUUGCAAUCAGAAUUUGACACAACUGUGACGAAAAACUGGGAGAAAAUCAGUUUUCGGUUUGGCCCUUUAUAUGCCUUAAUAAUUGUUAGUUGGAUGAUCAGCUACCGAUAGGGAAAUGCCAAAGAAAAUCGCAAUUUUAGGAGCUGGGCCCUCCGGAUUGGUUGCAGCCAAAGAAGCACUGCAAAAUGGUCUCAUUCCUACGAUUUUCGAACGUGAAAGUGAUAUUGGUGGUGUGUGGAGUCCAAGCGGAGCCGUUUGGAAUACAAUGCAUACAAACAUCUCGAAAUUCACCACAUCGUUUGGAGACUUUCACUGGCCUCCGGAUGCUGAAAUGUUUCCAUCAGCAGCGGCAAUGUUAAAUUACUUGAACGAAUAUGCGAGCCGGUGGAAUGUCAGGGACUACGUAAAAUUCAAUUCGAAAGUGGUGAAAGUGUCGGCAAUGAACAACAAAUCGGAGGACGUUGGUUUGAAUGGGUGGACUGUUCAAUGGAUUGAAAACGAUUCGUCGGUACAAACAGACUCAUUCGAGGGGGUAAUUGUUGCAACCGGAAUUUUUUCCAAAGCUCACAUACCUCAAGACAUACCGGGACUAGAUAGCUUUCGUGGAAAAGCAAUUCACAGUAAAGAGUACCGGUCAGGCGAAAUAUUUGCUGGGAUGAGGACUUUGACUGUUGGAGGUAGCUUUAGUGGAGCAGAAAUAGCAUCGGACGUUUCCAAUCAUGCUUCCGUAUCGUAUCAUUGUUUUCGCGAGCCAUUUUGGAUAUUAAAGCGACAUCUUCCAGACAAGAAAAGCGGAAGGAAAAGCCUGCCGCUGGACCUGCUAUUUUACACUCGAAGUUUUUACCAGUUAACAACAACAACAGCCUCGGUUGACGAAUCUAGUACUUCCAAAAAUAAGUACAUGGCCAGCAUAUGUGAAGAGCAGCAGAUCAUUCCCGAAUUAUCAAUCGAUCCGCAACAUUUCAAUCGACCUUACUAUGUGACGGUAUCCGAUAAAUAUUUACAUCAAGUCGAACAAAAGACGCUCGUUCCUAUACGACAACCGAUAUCGGAAAUCAGCGGCAGUACAGUUCGCUUUCGAAAUGGCGACACACUCGAUGUUGACGCAAUUAUCUUCUGUACCGGCUACAAUCCAGAGCUGAACUUUCUGGACAACGACAUUUUACAAAAAAUAUUGUAUGAUCAAACGGAUCGCCUUCAGCCGGUGAUAUUGUUCAAAGAAUGUUGCCAUCCAGACGUGAAAAAUAUGUUUUUUGUCGGCAUGUACAAAGGACCCUACUUUUCAGUCAUAGAACAACAAGCCAGAUUCGCAGCUAGAGUGCUAAGUGGAAGAGUCUCGUCACCCAAUGCCACUGCUAUGUCGGAAGGGUUGAAAAUUGAAGAAACCAUUCGAAAUACCCAUCCGCGGCAACAGUUUCCGCAUCCCGAAUAUGUUCUCUUUGCUGACGAAAUAUCGCAAUGCGCCGGAAGUUUUCCAAAUUUGCAGAAGUUUCGGAAAAGCAGUUGCACGCUAGCCGAUGCAUUCGGUGUACCGUUGAAGGAAGAUGCGCUGCAUCUUGAGCAGCAAAAAAGUGAAUUAUACGAACGAUUUAUGAGCGAACCAGUGACACCAAGCCACUACAACUUAGUUCAUGAUCCAGUGGCAACAAUAAAUCGAAUGGAUGUGGUUAAGGAAAUUAUAGCGAAAAUGUAAAACUUUUCUGUUUGAAACGGCAAA